AUGACUACGCCUUAUAUCUUGGAAAAGUUAGAAGGUCUCGACGUCGAAAUCGAGGAUGGAGAAAGACUUGGAGACGACUAUACGCUCAAUUUAUCGAUUGAAAAGCAAGAACAAAUAUUCACAGAACUGAAGCUCUCAGCCGCCGCAGAGCUCAAAAAGGCAGAUAAGUCAAAAGCAGCUAUUUACAUUUCUGCUGCCUCUAUUUUUCGUGGAUUCUUCCCUGGACCCGCGGAUAGUAAAGGAGUGAUCUUUCAAUUCAAACAAAUGUUGCCGGAUUUAGCAGAUUCUCUGCAGAAGCAAUAUGAUGAAGAUUUAAAGCUCGUCCGAGAAUAUUUGAAGAACAAAGUCGAGAAUACCGAUAAAUCGAAAAAAGCUCCACCUCAACGAAAGUUUGUUCCGCAUGUAAUCCCAUCCUCAGUAAGAAACCAAGCUCGUGAGAAACAGGACGACACUACCACUUCAACUUUUGAUCAGUAG